AUCACUUCUUGUCUCUUUCCUCUCCGCCACCAAUCACCUCAGACCACGUCACCAAGCCUCCAUCUUGGCCACUUACGAAAACCUCCCCAGUUUAGCGCCACAUACCAUCUUCUUCUUCAUCUUCUCUCUCUCUCUCUGAAACGAAGGUGUGAAUAUGCAAAGACUGGUUUCAGCGAGGUCUGGGAUUACAAGUCUUCUGAGAAAUCAGAGACGCGCGGCUUCUUUCUCCACCGCUUUACUCUUCGAUGAUACUCAAAUUCAGUUUAAGGAAAGUGUGGGUCAGUUUGCACAAGAACACAUUGCUCCGCAUGCUUCAAAAGUAGACCAAACUAAUAAUUUUCCCAAGGAGGUUAACUUAUGGAAGCUCAUGGGAGAGUUUAAUCUUCAUGGAAUUACUGCCCCAGAGGAAUAUGGAGGGCUGGGUCUUGGCUACUUGUAUCACUGCAUUGCUAUGGAAGAAAUAAGCCGUGCUUCAGGAUCUGUUGGACUAUCAUAUGGUGCCCAUUCCAACCUGUGCAUUAAUCAAUUGGUGAGGCAUGGAAAUCCUACUCAGAAAGAGAAGUAUUUGCCAAAGCUUAUUAGUGGAGAGCAUGUAGGGGCUCUUGCAAUGAGCGAGCCCAAUUCUGGUUCUGACGUAGUUAGCAUGAAGUGCAAAGCUGAUCGAGCAGAUGGGGGUUAUAUCUUAAAUGGGAACAAGAUGUGGUGCACCAAUGGACCAGUUGCUCAAACAUUGGUUGUUUAUGCAAAAACGGACAUAAAUGCGGGCUCAAAGGGAAUCACAGCAUUCAUCAUUGAGAAGGGGAUGCCCGGAUUCAGUACUGCCCAGAAAUUAGACAAACUCGGCAUGCGAGGAAGCGAUACAUGUGAGCUUGUCUUUGAGAAUUGCUUUGUUCCGAAUGAAAAUGUUCUUGGCCAGGAAGGAAAAGGAGUCUAUGUCAUGAUGUCAGGGUUAGAUUUAGAGAGGCUUGUUUUAGCAGGUGGGCCCCUAGGUAUUAUGCAGGCAUGUAUGGAUGUUGUCCUUCCUUAUGUUCGACAGCGAGAGCAGUUUGGCCGUCCUAUUGGGGAGUUUCAGCUUAUACAGGGGAAAAUUGCUGACAUGUAUACUUCUUUACAAUCUUCAAGGGCCUAUGUGUAUUCUGUUGCAAGGGAAUGUGACAAUGGAAGAGUUGACCCAAAGGACUGUGCAGGAGUUAUACUAUCUACGGCUGAAAGAGCCACGCAGGUUGCUUUGCAGGCUAUACAAUGCUUAGGUGGUAAUGGCUAUGUAAAUGAGUACCCAACCGGCCGUCUCUUUCGAGAUGCCAAACUCUAUGAGAUUGGAGCAGGGACUAGUGAGAUCAGAAGGAUGAUAAUUGGUCGUGGGCUAUUUAAGGAGCAAUAGGAGGCAUGAUGUACAUUUUCAGUUGCUGGAUUGAGAUAUCUGCAGAAACCCAUACUUUUCCAGGAUACUGCUGAUGUAGCCUUUCUGACUUUUCUUCACUCACAUAUUCCGGAAUUGAGAAUCAAGGGAUCACACCAUCAUUAUUGUCAUCUAUGUUGAAAUUGCCGUAUCCAUUAAGAGAACGAAUGGCGGUUCCAUCUUGGUUGAUCAUCUUUAGGUAGAUUGUCAACUGAGGUAAAUGAGAAUCAGAGUUUCUAGAGGUGACAAAGUUAUUUUCCCAUGUAAAUUGGGAAAUUCAUACUUCUCUGUAGACUUUUUUCCAUGCUACAAAAUAGAAGAGAACCUUUGUUUAGUUGGUGUUCAGUGACUUGUAUGAUGGGAUUUCUUUGAUUAAUACACACUCUGCAAUACCUCGUCUUACUGCCA